CGAGCAAAGCAGCGUGUAUGACCAGUCGAUAGCUGUCAUGGUUUACUGCGCCGUUGUAGGCUGCAAAAGCCGUACGUGCACCAAAGCCGAGAAAGAGAAGGCUAAGCAGAACAGUCAGAACCUCAGCAACUUUCGGUUUUUCAAGAUUCCAAAGGUGCGGGUUCAUGAAUGCGGCAAGACGAGGCAGCUGUCGCAACGCCGGCAGCGCGAGUGGAUCGCCCGCCUCAACAGGAACGGUGUCGCCGAUAAUACCCAGAAGUACAAAGUGUGUUGCCGACACUUUUUAUCAGGGCCACAGUCUCCAGUGGGUGCUGCUGGCUCUGCAAGGGCUUUUCGGCUCACGAGCUGCACUGGCAUCGGCACCUAAUCGUCGUUUUUUCAUCGACAACGCGAAAUCCAUUUUAGCGAUAUGCCUCACAUCCAAUUUCCUGAUGUGCGUCGGCAGGCACGAGUUGGCGCUGUCCGUGCACGAACGCUCCUGCCGCACGCGCAC